CAUGCUGCUGCCAGGUCCAGAGUCUCUCAUGGGUCCCUGUACGGCCUCCCAUUGCUGCUGUCUCCAUCGCCACAACUCUGCUAUGUGCCACUUUCAGGUCUCCUCACACUGCUGGUGUGUUCCAUUUUUUGUCAUAGGGUGCUGGCAGAUUACGGGCCUCCCAUUGCUGCUGCCAGGCCCGUAAUCUGCCAUGGGCCCCUGUACCGCCUCUUCAUGCUGCUGCCAGGUCCAGAGUCUCUCAUGGGUCCCUGUACGGCCUCCCAUUGCUGCUGUCUCCAUCGCCACACUCUGCCAUGUGCCACUUUCAGGUCUCCUCACACUCCUGCUGGUUUCCAUUUUGUCAUAGGUUGCUGUAUGGCCUCCCAUUGCUGCUGCCUCCACCGCCACACUGUGGCUCCAAACACUGGUUUUGGCCCCGUGACUGGCCAAAUGAGUGAAAGUGUGCGGUGAUUCUAAGAUCGACGGCACUCAUCUGCAUGUCAUACUG